UCUAACCUCUGCUCCACCUGACAGAAAGUCAGCCGCAACACCAGUGCUUCAGAAACAACUCCGCAUCAGCCGUUUACGGGUCUUCUCUUCGUCGGAUAUUAUUGAUGCACCAUGCGGUUGUUACUUCCCACCUUUUAGAGCUUUAAGCAGCAGUUUAUGUGAAGAAGUUUGUCAAGAUGUGCCGUAAAUGAUGUGAGACGUUUGGAUGUUUCUAUUGUUACAUUUUUUGAUAAAGAGGAAGUGCAAGAGGAAAAAAUGGAGGAAACAGUCAACUUCAUGAGACUCUUAUCAGAGGAAAGCACUCACUCCACACUGUCUUCAGACUCCUGUGAAUACUAUCAGACAGAGAUAUUUGACCAGCUGCCCAGCAUCCAGGCUUCGCGGCCCGAGCAGAACAGACAUGGUUCUUUGGGAGGCUGUGGUGGCUCAGAGCCGGGGCAGAGGCUCAGCCAUGACCACCUGUCCAGAGGACCCAGAGACAAGACGUCUGUACAGCCUCUCAGGAACUUGCCCAUGUGUAUUCAGGCGAAGAGAAGUGCCAGGGACAGGAGGAAGAUGCAAAUCAGCAAUAUUGGUUUUUGGGAGUCCUGGAGGCGAAGUCAGAGCAUCAGCAGGAGGAGAGUUUGGGCACAGAUGGGAGAAACUCUGUCCGGCCUGUUGCCAUGGCGGCACACACUUCACGUCAUAGAAGGCAGGUUUGGAGUUGGCGUGAAGUCCUACUUUGUUUUCCUCAGAUAUCUGGUUCACUUGAACCUGCUCCACUGUGCUCUGAUCUCGGGAUUCAUUCUGGGGCCCACAACAUUUUAUGGCAGAAGUAACAACAGUGAACCGUUGAGGUUUGGAGACAACGACUCUGUUUUAGAUUUCUUCCUGGGAUCAGGCUACCUGGAUCGAUCUCCGGUCUUCUUUGGUUUUUAUACUCGCGGUUCCCUGGAUUUGCCGUGCUUAAACACACCUCUACUGUACCUCGCUGGAAUCCUCACCAUCCUCCUCCUCAGCCUCAUUAUGGUGGUCCGCAGAACCACAGUUGGCUACAAGCACACCUGGAUGCUCGGGAAGCGCUACAGCAUGAAUGUGAGCUUUAAGAUCUUCUGCGGCUGGGACUUCACCAUCCAGGAUCCUGACGGUGCUGCUCUCAAACGCAGCUUCAUCAGAAAUGACCUCAAGCUGUUCCUGGAGGAGCAGAGCUUCUCCUUGCGGGCGGCUCAGAGGACACUUGGACAGAAGGUUCGUCUCUACCUGUUGAGGUUCAUCCUCAACCUGCUUGUUUUGUCUCUGCUGGGUGGAGCCUUUUACCUCAUCUACUUCUCCACAAAAACAUCCCUGUAUGAGAAGGAACACUACUGGUUGCUCAGUCUGGUCCUCCAGUAUCUUCCUCCCAUGACCAUCACCUUCGUCAACCUCGUCCUUCCUCACAUAUUCCGUAAGAUCUCAUCCUUUGAAGAUUACUCUUUCACCACACAGGUGAACGCCACGCUUGUGAGGAGCAUCUUCUUGAAGCUGGCCUCCCUCGGGAUCUACUUAUUUUUCUUAACAACAACAAAACAACAGCAGAGUCCUUUUCAGUGCAGCGAGAACAAGUUUGGCAGAGAGAUGUACAAGCUGUGCAUCUUCAACUUCCUUGCCACUUUCUGCAACGCCUUUCUCUUGAACUACCCCAGGAAGCUGCUGCAGGAGAAGUAUCCCACAUCCCUGCUGACCCGGUUGUUGGGGAAACAGCGCUUUCUGGUCCCUUUCAAUGUUCUAGAUCUGGUGUACGGUCAGACUGUGGGCUGGGUGGGAGUCUACUACUGCCCUCUGCUGCCCCUGAUAGGAACCGUCACACUGGUGGCCACGUUCUACAUCAAAAAGUUCAGUGUCCUGCGCUGCUGUGUGGCAGAGCAACGCAUGUUUCGAGCCGCAACCUCCUCGGUUUUGUUCCACUUGAUGUUGCUGCUUGGUCUCGUCAUGGCUGCAGUCACACUGGGCUUCAACCUCUACCAGCCCGGAACGACACCAGACGAAAACAUGUUCUCCUGUGGUCCGUUCAGAAAUGGAGAAACUUUGUUUAAUGUGACAGGACUUUGUGUCGACAGCCUCCCCGGUGCAGCCCAGACCACCGUCCGAUACCUGGCCUCUGAGGCCUUCGCCCUGCCGCUCAUACUGGCUGAGAUCAUAAUCUUAACCUCUUAUUUGUCACGGAGACGAGCCAAUCAGAAGGCCAUUGAGAGACUGAAAGAUAUGCUGGUUAUGAGCAGUUCAGAUAAGCGUUUCCUGGUGAAGCAGCAUGCCACAAUGUUGAGACGUGGAAAGAACGUCAACAGAGUUCGUUCUGCAGAAGACACCCCUCCCAUUCACUGGAAAGACCCCCCUCCAUGCAUUUAAACUGAUUAAAGUGUCUACAGACUUUCACUUAGCUGCUAUGUGGAAGCCUGAAGUGGCCGAAAAUGAAAGUCAAAGGACUGAUGAAGUCUCACUUUUUCAGUCGUCUGAAAUACAAAGAUCCAAAGUACAUAUGAACCUUUUCUGCAAAAGUCACAGAAGUCUUAAUGUAAACUAACCAUGAAGAGUUUUUUUGUGUGAUGGAUAAUCGUUUUAUGUCCUUUUUGAGUGUGUUCAGCUUAAUUUGCACAGUUUAUAAACAGUGUAUGAAAUGAAUGCAUGCAAAUAAACAUACUCAUUUCAUUCAAACA